CAGGAUGGAGGAGAUGGGAAAAAUGGAGUUGAUGGAAAAGGUAUAAUAAAUUCCGAUUUUUGUGAAAAGUUUCCACCCGUUUCUAAGCUUUUUUGCUAUUCACGUUGGAAAAAUGUAGAAAAAACUAUUAAUAGUAUCAAAUCUGAUUUACAAGAAAUAAAAAUUGGAUGGUAUAGAGAUUGGACUUUCUGUGAUCCUUACACUAAAAAUGUUUUCAAUGAUAUUCAUGAUGCAAUUAUUGCUGAUGGUGAUAUUUUUCUAAAUACUAUCACAGAACAAGGAAAUGAGAUCACAUUUUCCUAUCAGGCACCAAAUUUGUUUUACAAUUGUCAAUCAUUUUUACUUUACAAAGGCUCAUUAGGUAAACCCGGAAGUCCAGGUGGAAGAAAUGGAAUAGGCGGUCAAGGUGGAUAUCCCGGCGAUAUUAUAGUAAGAAAUGUAGCAACAAAUCAGCAAAUUCUUGUGACAACACAAUCCAAAGAAGGCACAGCGGGAAAAAAUGGAAAAGCAGGAAAAUAUGGUAAUCAUGGGAAAAAUGGUUGGGAUAUGGGUUAUAUUGACUAUUCAAUUGGUGAUAAAUGGCCAAAAAUUUUCGGAACAGAUCAGAACAGUAAACUGAUGUUAAAAUACCAUGAAGAUAAUUCAUCAGAACGAGUUCAUUGUCCUUACAAAAUUGACAAUUAUGAUAAAUAUUCAUAUGUUGAAAUCACAUCUUCGAAUAUCAUGGACAAAAAGGAAACAAAAUAUGAAGAAAGGAACAGUGAUGAAUUAAAUCGAAACAGACAGCAUCAUGCGCAAGCUGUUCGAAAAAAAAAUAUUUCUCAAUCUAAUAUAGAAGCCAAUUACUCUGUUUAUUGUAACAACACUACUGAUAAAAAUUCUAUAAAAAGUAUGCAACUUGAAAUAGAAAAAAUCAACCAACAAAUUCGUCAAGCAAUGACAGAAAAUCAGGAAGCACAGAAAAACCAAACGACUGAGUCCAAAAUUGAGUGUAAAUGGAAGUUCAUUAAACAGAAAGAUUAUAAUUAUAAAGAGCGGAAGGACUUAAAACGCAUUAUUAGAUCUGAUCGAACUGAUCGAAAAUCUAUUCAGGAUUUGCUCAACGAGGUUAAAUGUCCACAAUCAAAUUUCGACAACUGGUUCCAUUUACAAGACAUUGAGAUAAAAAUCGACGAAAUAAAUGAGUUCUUAUCAUAUUUUGAAAUAUGGAAAAGUGAAAUCCUUAAAAAAGGAAGUAAGUUGACUAAUACACAAAAUAAAUUGAAAGAAAUAGAAUUACUUUUGAUUGACAAGUAUAGAUUUGCCACUCUUCAAGUAAUUGCAAUGCAACUAGUAUCCCAUAAUAAAGUAAAAUCUAAAAUAGAAUUGACUGCCGAAACUGUAUUAAAGUAUCUUGUUAAAGACAAAACAAAGAACAACGACAUAUCUCAUUCAAUUUUGGGAACUCUAAGUCAAUAUCUAUAUGAAGACAAGAAGGAGCAACGUGAAAAGAUCGUUAACUAUUGUGAAACAGAUUUGCUGAGUUGUGAUGAAAACAUUCAAAGUUUUAAACGUUCCAUUCAAGUAUUUAUUUUAGAAGAACGAAAAUCUGAAGUAGAUUUUCUCGACUGUUUAAAAAAAUAUUUUAAUGAAUAUACUCAAUUUUUAGAAGAGAAGGAUCACAAAUUCAAAACAUUUUUUUGUGCAUUUAAACGAGAACUAACUAAGCCGUUGCAUAGAAAAGUAUUAGAUUUGUGGAAUCGAAGCAUUAAAGACGUAUCUUUAAAACAAGAACUAAAAAAUAAAAUAAAAAACGAUAAAUUAUUAAAUGCUCUGUAUAUACGUUUUAAUAAACAACUUACUCUUCAAUAUGACUGGGAAAAAUGUUGUAAAGAUAAAGAUGUUCUGAAGGAGUACUAUAACUAUAUUCGAGGAAAAGGGCCACUAUCUAAAAGUUAUAGAGAAUUAUUGGCUCAUUUAUUUAAUGUGAAUAUUAGAUUGUACAUUUCUGAUAUAAAGUACGAUUUAUCUCUCCGAGACAAUCACAAUCCUUCAUCUAAAAUUGCUAUUCAUGCAGUGCAAAUUUCAAAUGAAUUCAUACAAUAUAGUAUCGACGAAAAUUAUUUAAAACUUGUUGAAGAACGUGAAUAUAGUAAUAUUCUUUUCAAUAACAUAUUAAGAGACCUUCAGUCUUGUAAUAAAAAACAAGAUUUCGAUGAUUAUUUAAAGAAAAAGCUUUUUCUAAAACAAAAUAUUUCUCUACAAAAUGAAAAAAAAGUUGAUUCUGAAGAAACCGAAGUAGAAAAAAUUAUGGAAUUUUUUUCUGAUCAAAAAGAACAACAACUAAAGACACGGCUGGAAAAAAUCAAGUCCCAAUACAUCGAUCAACAAAAAAUUUUGCAUUAUAUACUAAAGCGGUUCUGCACUGAAGGAAGAAAUAUAUCAUAUGAAGAAUUCAGCUACCUGAUUAACUCAAUUUUAAACUCUGUUGUUGAAGACAGAAAGGAAUUGAACAUUUUUUGUUGGAUUACUGCCGCAUAUAACCAACGAAACUGGAUCGACGAAUUGUUAUUAUUACAACUUGAAGACCAUUUUAGGAGUCCAUUAAAAGAAAUACGUAAGUGGCGGAAGUACCUAUCGAAAAUAGAAAACAAAUAUAUAGUAUUAUCAUUUGGAUUAAAAUUGAGUCAAGGAAGUAAAAUAUCUUACAAAUUUGUCGGAAACACGUUACGUAUGUUAUGUAAUAUCUCGACAGAAAAAAUUUCUUUAGAAGGACUAGAACUAUCUGACUGGCAUUAUACUCUUAAAGAAGAAUACUGGUUGUCGAAAUUGCGGCGAUUAACAAAUUGGCAAAAAAGCGACCAGCUCAUAAUAGCUGCUUAUUAUCUAUUGUCUGUAGAAAACUCCUUCGGUACCGAUUUAACAGAAAAAUUUCUAAAUAUUAUGGAAAAGAAAAAACAGAAUCUAUCUUCUGAAGAACUUCAUAACAUCUUAUCAAAUUUUCAUAACGAAAAGUGGAUACUGGAUAAGGAAGGAUUAAGAAACCUUCAAAGCUCCAACAUAAAUGAAUGGUCACAAUUUAUGCAACUGAAGUUUAUUAAUAAUAGCAGAGAAAGAAAUUUUUCGGAUCUGGUAAAAAUAAUUACAAGUAGCGCAAAUACUUCAAAAAAAAUUUCUAAGAACUUAAGAGCAAUUACAGAUUCCAAUAAAAAUAUUUACAAUGAAAAUUACAUAUUCAACAAAAAAAAUGUGAAUUGUUUUACAGAAAAUGAUAUUAAAACUUGGGUUAAGAAAAAUUCAGGUUGUAACGAAUUGAAUGUAACACUUUUAGUAAUCAAUAGAGCAAUACAGCUAAAGCGAGGAUUUAAACUCCGUGCCACUCAAAUAUUAACUGUGCUAGCAUUUUUAACCACCGAUCAAAGUACCUUAGCUCAAGUAUCAACCGGAGAGGGAAAAACUCUCAUAAUUGUAGCAAUAUCACUUAUAAAACUACUACGAGGAGAAAUGGUGGAUAUAGUAACAAGUUCUUACGUGUUGGCCAAACGCGAUUCAGAAACUAAUAAGGACAUAUACAACUUGUUUGGUUUUGAUGUGUCUCACAACUGCAGUGAAGACAUUGAGAAAAGAAAGGAAAUUUACUCGUGCAACCAAAUAGUAUAUGGUGAUCUAUCCAAUUUCCAACGUGACUAUCUAUUGGAUAGGUUUUACGGAAAAAAUAUUUUGGGACAUCAUGACUUUGCCAACAUAAUAGUUGAUGAAGUAGAUAGUAUGCUACUUGAUAAAGGUAACAAUAUGCUAUACCUAACUCACGAUAUCGCAGACUUAGAUAAACUAAGUUCUGUUUUUAUUUAUAUUUGGCAAUGGAUUAAGAGACCAGUUAAAAAUUCUGACGAUUUUAUAUCUCUAUUUGAUACUGAAGCAAUAAAAGAAUCAGUAUUAAACGAGCUAUAUGGAUAUGUGAAAAAAGAAGACAUCGGAAAUCUUGGAUCUGAUUUACAUUAAGACCGAAAAGUUUUCGGAAAUUCUCAUUUAAAAUUCGCGCGCUGUAUAUUUUU